AAACAUAUGAGUGUGGUAUCUUAUGUACAAAACAAUAAUUUUAGCGUUUAAUAAUUUAUAAAUUCAGACAGUGGAGUGGCAUAACUUCAAUAAUAUUUUAUCCACAUGAUACAAUAAAACACUAUGAAUAUAGACGAUGACAUAAUUUUUGAUGAUUCGGGUAAUGAAACAAGUGGAGACGAUGUAGAUUUUGGUAUCGAUGCUGAUUCAGGUUGUAAUAGCAAAGAAUUUCAAAGCUUUGAGGAAGAAUAUCAAUAUGAAGUUCUUUCUACAGAAGAAAUAGUUAAACACAUGGUUGAUUGCAUUAAGGAAGUUAAUGUAGUAGUUCAAGUACCUGCCACAGUUACUAGAAUUCUUUUAAAUUAUUUCAAUUGGGAUAAGGAGAAGCUUAUGGAAAAGUUCUUUGAUGGUAAUCAAGAUGAACUGUUUAAGGAAGCUCAUGUCAUCAACCCCUUUAAAAAGGUCAAUGUGGUUAAGCGUAAAAUUACAAAAAAUAAUCUUGGUUCAGAAGAAUGUGAUAUAUGUUGUAUGUUUUUCUCACCUGGCCAGAUGACUGGUUUAGAGUGUGGACAUAGAUUUUGUUAUGAGUGCUGGAAUGAGUAUUUAACUACGAAGAUUAUGGGAGAAGGUAUGGGUAAAACAAUAGCAUGUGCUGCGCACAAUUGUCCAAUUCUAGUUGAUGAUGAAACAGUUAUGAGAUUAUUAAAGGACGCUAGGGUAAAAUUGAAGUACCAGCAUCUGAUUACUAAUAGUUUUGUUGAAUGCAAUAGACUAUUAAGAUGGUGUCCCAGUCCUGAUUGUAAUUAUGCUAUCAAGGUUUCUUAUGUGGAUUCAAAACCGGUAGCCUGCCGUUGUGGCAACGUUUUCUGCUUUGCUUGCGGCGAGAGCUGGCACGAUCCCGUCAAAUGUCUUCUUUUGAAGAAAUGGAAGAAGAAGUGUGAUGAUGAUUCUGAAACUUCUAAUUGGAUCGCCGCCAAUACCAAAGAGUGUCCUAAAUGUAACGCUACUAUUGAAAAAGACGGCGGUUGCAAUCAUAUGAUUUGUAAGAAUCAAAACUGCAAGGCUGAUUUUUGCUGGGUGUGCUUGGGACCUUGGGAGCCACAUGGGAGCUCAUGGUACAACUGUAAUAGGUAUGACGAAGAUGAGGCAAGAUCAGCCCGUGACGCCCAAGAAAAAUCCAGAGCAGCUCUUCAACGAUAUCUUUUCUACUGUAAUCGCUACAUGAAUCACAUGCAGUCCUUAAAGUUCGAGCACAAAUUAUACGCAUCAGUGAAGGAGAAAAUGGAGGAGAUGCAACAACUUAACAUGAGCUGGAUAGAAGUGCAAUAUCUUAAAAAGGCAGUUGACAUACUUUGUCAAUGUCGACAGACACUUAUGUACACUUACGUAUUUGCAUACUAUUUGAAAAAGAAUAAUCAAUCUGUGAUAUUUGAAGAUAACCAAAAAGAUCUAGAACGAGCCACUGAACUUUUAAGCGAAUACCUUGAGAGAGACAUCACACACGAAAAUCUGAUAGAAAAGAAGACACAGGUUCAGGAUACAUAUAGAUACUGCGAUUGUAGGAGAAUAGCUUUGUUAGAUCACGUUCACGAGGGUUACGAAAAGGAUUGGUGGCUUUAUAGCGAUUAAAUUGUAAAGUUUCAGUGUUCAGGAAGGUUCGCUUGUACGUGGGUGAUGCAAAGUUAAAAGAAUAAAUUUUAUUUUUAAA